AUGUUGGUUCAAGAUUCCCCACUGUUGCUGCUGCUGCUGCUGCUGUUAGUGGCGCAGUGCUUGGAUGGAGCGGAUUGUAGCACCAUCACCACCCAACGGCCAGCGCCGCGUCGGGACAGGCAAUAUCCUCCGCCAGAGACUCUUGCCUUUCUGCGACCACUGGGCAAGCUGUGCCUGGAGGAGACGGGUGUUAGCCCGGAGGCGAUCAAGCGAUUCAGCGACGCCGAUCCGUUCGACGAUAAUCGUGCGCUCAAGUGCUACAUGGACUGUAUGUUCCGAGUGACGAACGUGACCGAUGAUCGCGGUGAGCUGCACAUGGGCAAGCUGCUCGAACAUGUGCCGGUAGAGUUUGAAGACAUUGCACUGCGAAUGGGCGUGAGGUGUACUCGGCCCAAGGGCAAGGAUGUGUGCGAACGGGCGUUCUGGUUUCACAAGUGCUGGAAAACAUCGGACCCUGUGCACUACUAUCUGGUGUGAGAAGGGACAAAAGUCAACCGGGUUUGUUGUGUUGACUCAUUAAGUAAGUAUCUAGCUACAUUAAGACACACGCUGUUGCCUGCUGUAUGCCUGCCUGCUGACCAUUAUACAUCGGCACACAAAACGCAAGUGUGUGUGCGUGACUCUGUGAUCUGAGGAUGGAUGGUCACGAAUGCGCCACAUCGUACAGCAAUCAAUCAAUCAAUGUACAACGUCCCGGGAGGGUACGCAGAAUGGAAGUACAAG